UCCGCAAAGCCGCUGCUGCUCCUCUCCAGGCGCGCAGUGCCAUCCACAAACUUUGAUGAGCUGUAACCUUCACCGAGGGAACAAAACAACCCGGGCUGAAUAUCAUUUUAAUAAAAUAUAUUUUCACAGGCUGUGUCCGCUAAUUCGGAUCCAUCAAGCUUUCUCUCAACAAACUGGUGUAGAUAUGGAAAGCACUCCGGUGGAAAUAUUCAAAGACGACAAUAAGUGCCUCUCCACGCUGCUGGAGGACUGUCCGCUGAAUUCUUCAGCCUGGAUGUCCGGAUACUCCGAGAGCCGCAAUGUGACCCACGAUGAUAGCUGGGAGCCGGAGGGCAUGUCUCCCAUCAUCCCCAUCAUUACUGCAGUCUACUCCGUGGUGUUUGUGGUCGGCUUGCUGGGCAACUGCCUCGUCAUGUAUGUGAUCAUCAGGUACACAAAGAUGAAGACAGCCACCAACAUUUACAUUUUCAACUUGGCGCUCGCCGAUGCCCUCGUCACCACUACUAUGCCCUUCCAGAGCACGGACUACCUGUUGAAUACCUGGCCCUUUGGUGAGGUGGUCUGCAAGGUUUUCAUCUCCAUCGACUACUACAACAUGUUCACCAGCAUCUUCACCCUCACCAUGAUGAGUGUGGAUCGCUACGUGGCAGUGUGCCACCCGGUAAAAGCCCUGGACUUCCGCACUCCGAUCAAAGCCAAGAUGAUCAACGUGUGCAUCUGGAUUCUGUCGUCGGCUGCGGGGAUACCUGCUUUUAUCCUGGGUGGCACCCAGACAAAGAGCGACAUAACUGAGUGUGCCUUACAGUUCCCAGAGCCGUACGUGUACUGGGACACAUUGAUGAAGAUAUGCGUGUUUGUCUUUGCCUUCGUGGUGCCUGUGCUCAUCAUCACCGUGUGCUACUCCCUCAUGGUCCUGAGGCUGAAGAGCGUCCGCAUGUUGUCCGGCUCGCGGGAAAAAGACCGCAACUUGCGGCGGAUCACGCGGCUGGUGGUGGUGGUGGUGGCUGUGUUUGUGGUCUGCUGGACACCCAUUCACAUUUUCAUCCUUGUCAAGGCGCUCGUAAGCAUACCGGAAACCACCGCCAUCAUGGCUGCCUACUUCUUCUGCGUGGCUCUGGGCUACACAAACAGUAGCCUGAACCCUGUCCUGUAUGCCUUUCUGGAUGAGAACUUCAAACGCUGCUUCAUAGACUUCUGCCUCACGGCCAGACUGAAGGGGGAGAAGGUGUCAGGGAGUAAGAAGAACGCCAGCAGUGUGAGGGAGGCCGCUGUUCCCCUGGAGAACCCAGAUGGGACUAGAAAGCCGGCAUGACUAGCAGUGGAACUGUCAUCGAUUUCCCACAUUGGAAAAGAAGACUCCCAUGAUCUGGGCCUAACGCACGUCACAUCCACAAUGUAGUUUUGACUCUUGUACAGAAUUUAUUUUCAUUCUAACUUGGGGUAUAGCCAGUGCCAACAUUGAUAUGAUUUCAUUUCAGAGAUCAGAUGAAAGUGUCACAUUAUAAAGUGUAUUCCUCUCUGAUUCAUAUUUUUUCCUCAUGGCAGAUUGUGUAGAGCAAAUGUAAUUAAAGUUUGUCUUUAACAGUAACCGGACACUGUCCUGCUACAGAGUAUAUUACUAAGAAUGAAAAACCUCAUUGAUAAUAUCACAGUAGGUGAUUUCAGGGGGGAUGAAGGGGGAUGCCAUUCCCCUUGUUAGCACAAUGACUAUUUUGGAUCAUGGAUGUAUAAAGAGAACUUGAUGCAGCAUUGGAGGCAGGCCCUGUUCGUUCCUGUGCAAGUUGCUCAGUGGCACAUGCAGCCAAGUUAGCUCAACUUCCUGGGUGUAAAAUCUUCCACAUGAUGGGGCCCAUAGAGCAAGCAGACCAGAGACUUAGGGCCAAGUCAUAGUUGCCACACACACAGUUUGUACAGUACAGCUGAUGGUCUGUGUCAGCCUCCAGCAGUAAACCAGACAGCUUAGAGGUGAGCUUAUCUUUCUACUGCUAACACUGGGUGAAAGUGAAACUAAGAAGAUGCUGCUGGGAGUGAAUGUCAAAUAUUUAACUUUAAACUGACUUCACAGUGGUGCAGCUGCUGCAGCUGCCUUGACCGCCAUGUUUUGGACUGGACUGGAGUUUGGAACAAGAGAUUGGAGCAUGCCCGGUCAGUGCGCUUGCUAAGCAUACAGUCCAUGCAGUCACAAAAAAUGGGCUGCAUGCCUACCUCCAUGCAGGCUCCAUUCAGAUGCAGACAUGGGUAGAUGAUGCACAUGGACUAAAACAAACCUUUGCAGGAUGCGGAAAUAUGAAUUGGCCAUUUUUGUGACCAUGCAGACGUUAGGCAUGACAAGGGCGUCGACUGCACAUGCUCCAAUUUUCUUGCUCCACACUCCAGUUCAGUCCAAAACACUGCUAUCAAGCCAGCCAUGGCACGCUGUCUCACCACCGUGAAGUUAAUUUCAAAUUGGAUAUUCAAUGGACAUUUACUUUAGACAUCUUCUCGCAUCUUCUUAGUUUCACUUUCACCCGAUGUCGACAGUAGGCGGACAGUUACCUCACCUCCCAGCCCUCUUGUUUCCUACUGAGGGCUGACGGAAACGUCAGUUGCACUAUGAAUAGAACCCUUUUGCUUGUCCGUGUUACCGCAGCUAUCUUUUGGCAUUCAAUGCAGACAGUAUGUGCGAGCCUUUCCAGCCUAGGCCAAGUGGCUAACCUCCAGCAUAAUUUGAAAUGGGAUAAAAUGAUUUGAUCGUGCUGCUCUUCAAGACUUUAGGCUUGUUAUCAGACCGAAAGGAUCAAAUCCCCACAGUGAAAUGGGUCAUUUCUCGGGUUGUGAUGUUCAAAAAAUCUUAUCCACUGAUUUAUAGACGUCUCUUUCCAAAAAAUCUUCUGGGGCCCAAUGGCAUCACUUGAUGGACCUGGAUGUUGUAGUUACACAGUUUGGUCUAUCUGUGCACAUCCAACAUUUUCUCACUAGGCAUUGCAGACGUUUAGGGAGAAACCUGUAUGCAGUAUAAAAGAUCCAAAUGUUACUUUUUCAUGAUUUUGCGUUGACUCAUGUCCAUGGCACCGUCAGUGCGGAAAAGCAUAACUGAGGCUUAAGUGUGCUGUGUUUCGAUAAAUCCAUGGCGCUUAAGUAGCUGACGGAUUUGUAAUUUGAGUCCCGCCCUUCUGUCAGUUUCAUCCUGAAUCUAUAAUUUUCACUAAACUAUAUAGCUUACAUCAGUGUUUUUAUAUUUGUUAAUGCUUUCUGCAAUUUUGUUUAUCCAUGUCACUUCCUCCCUAUAAUUCUCUAUAACCAAAUGUGCCUUUAACAGUCCAGGAUAACUCACGUUUGUAGCAGCAGAAAAUGAUUUCAGUAAUGAUUACAGAAUGGGGUCAAACAGCACUUCAUACAUAA